CAGAAAUCCUACGAUCCCUGAUCGAAUUCCACCCCCAAAAAAUAUUUCUUCCUUCUAGCAACCAUGCAACCAAGGCAGAGAAACCCUAACCUUCACCAACAUCAACACAGUGAAAUCACCAAUGGCGUGGGUCUUCCUUGCGAUCUGAUCAUCGACAUACUCUCUCGACUCCCCUCAAAAUUCAUCUGUCAAUUAAGGUGCGUGUCCAAACCCUGGCGCGCUAUUCUCUCUCCUCCCGACCCUCUUCUCCAAAAUCUACACUGCAAUCGCUCCAAUUCAACUCCACUCUUGUUAUUUUUCUACAAUUCACGCCUCCGUAUCUGCUUCCCUUCCUUCGACACACAAGGACAGUUGCGGAACCAGUUCACCAAGCAGAUAGUAAGUUCAGUAAUGUCUUGGAGGUUUUGUCAAGGUUUGAUGUGUUUAGUUUGUUUUAAUCAUGUCUAUGUUUGCAAUCCAAGCACCCAAGAACUUUUACAAGUUCCAUAUUCUAGUAAGCUUCGCGACAUUUAUAAUUUUGCUCUCGGGUAUCUGCCUUCCACCAACGUAUAUAAGAUCGUGCAUUGGUUUCGGGAAAUUGAUAGCAAUCAUACCAUGCAGAUUGUGUGCCAAAUUUUUACUAUAAAAGAAGGUGGACCAAAUUCUCAUGGUUCUUGGAGAGUCGUGGGAAAUUCUCCUCAUUUUCGCAGGGUUGGUAGAUACCCAAUCUGCGUGAAUGGAUCACUUUAUUGGCUUGACAAUGAAAAAGAAAAUACUGGAAACCCCAUGAAAAUAAACGGGUUUGAUUUGGCCAGAGAAGAACACGAAAUUGUUUCGUCUCCCAAAACUUAUUCAGGCUCAUGCCAUGGUACAGUGUGCUUGCUGUCGAUAAAAGGGUCGUUGUGUUUAGUGGAUAGAAAGCAAGGGGUAUCACACAUUGAUAUUUGGAUGAUGAAAGACCAAAAUAAUCAAAUUUGGAUCAAGGAGUACAGCUUUGAUAUCUUUGGUGUAAACAGACCUUUACUGAUAAUGGAAUAUAUUCCUUCAGGGGAUGGUCGCGAUGAGGAAAUAUUGAUUAGGCCAGAGAAGGAAGGCCUUCUCUUAUACAACUUUAAGACAAAGAGCAUCAGAAGAGUUGGAAACUUAAUCAGUGAAUAUAUGGGCAUCAACUUUGAUAUGGGGAGAUGCAUUUGGCCACAUCUCUACUUUGACAGCUUAUAUUCCCUGGGAAAUGGAUAGAUUUGUUCUCUUUGAAACUUUCAUGUUUGAAAAUGUUGACGUCAAAAUGCAAGGAGUAAUGUAAACUAUUUGGUGGGCUUGAUUCUGGCAAUUACAUUGUGUGGCCAAAGUCUUGUGUGUAUGACACUGAAGGCAGUUCAAUUGGGAGAUGAUUUGGAACUCGGAACCUUGUAUUCUUCCUUAAAUGUCAAUGUUGGUACGAUCUUUCUUUUUGUUGUACUGAGACGGUUCUUUUAAUGAAACAGCCUCUUUCUUUCCUCCCCUAUUGCUUGUUAGAAGUCUGAAGAACCAUUACAAAGGCCAGCAUACCUCGACGCUAGUGCUAGCAUAUGCAGCAUGUGAAAACCUAUUUUGAAAUCAGUCACAUUGAUUAUUAUUGCUCAUAGCAUGUCAUAUAUUGUAUGCCCUUUAUCAUUGCACAUUGCGAUAUUCACUGUAAACCUGUGAGGUGUACAGAUCCAGGGGAG